AUGAGGAAAUACUCAGAGAUUCAAAUUUUCCAUACAUCAUCACAAACAGACAAUACACAUGCUGACUUUAUCAUGUCUGCAGAUACACAGUAUAUUAAGACAGAAAAAUCAAAUAUCACAACAAUUACGGAGUUUAUUCUCCUGGGAUUUUCCGAUGUUCCCCAACUCAAGUGGUUUCUGUUUGGGAUGUUUUUCCUUGUGUACUUGGCUAUUCUGAUGUGCAACAGCAUUAUAAUUCUAGUAACGAGAAUGGACCCCGCUCUUCAAACACCAAUGUAUUAUUUCCUAAACAAUUUUUCUUUUGUGGAAAUCUGUUAUGUAACAGUCACUAUCCCAAGAAUGCUCAUGGACAUUUGUGCCCCCAAAGGAAACAUCUCUCUGUUGAACUGUGCAAUACAAGUGUGGUUUUUCUUUACCUUUGCAGGUAUUGAGUGCCUCCUCCUAACAGUGAUGGCCUAUGACCGCUAUGUGGCCAUUUGUAAGCCUUUGCUCUAUGCUUUGAUAAUGAACCACAGGGUGUGUGUACAGCUGGUGGCUGCCUCUUGGGUCAGCGUCAUUCUAGUUGUGACUGCACAAACAUACCAGAUAUUCUCAUUGUCCUUUUGUGGAUCUAACAGAAUUAACCACUUCUUCUGUGAUGUUCCACCUAUCCUCAGGCUUGCUUGUGAAGAGACAUUUGCGAAUAAUUUAGCGAUCUUCAUUGUUUCUGCAGUCCUUAUCAUGGUUCCAUUUCUGUUGAUUACUGUGUCCUAUGGGAAAAUUAUAUGCAGCAUUCUGCAGCUGUCAUCAGCUGGAGGGAGGUCUAAAGCCUUUUCCACCUGUUCCUCUCAUCUGACAGUUGUAGUCUUAUACUAUGGAACAUUUGCUAUUACUUACAUACGACCCAAUCCAAAUGCAUCUGAAGGAGUUGGAAAAAUAGUGUCUCUUUUCUACACAGUUUUGAGCCCCCUACUGAAUCCCAUUAUAUACACGUUGAGGAACAAGGAGAUCUCUGCAGCACUGAGUAAACUGCCCAAGAAGUUAUUAACAUAA